AUGGUAUCGAAACGACUGAUAUUUGGUGUAGCUGCUGGUGGACUAUUGCUAAUAGCAUUCAUAUUCUAUGUAGUUGCACAGGCUGAUGAAAGCUAUGGUGUUUUGCGGGGGGGAAGGGGUGCUGGAUUAUGGAGUGGCACUUUGCCUGGAAAUUGUCAAGGGGAUGAUGACUGUCAUAAGGUCAAAGCUGCACGAGCAUUUUUCGUAAUGGCAACAAUAGCAGCAUUUAUUGGUGCUCUUCUACUUCUAUAUAUUGUAUUUCGACCACAUCCAAAGGUUAUGCAUUAUGCAGCAAUAGCUAUGGCUCUCGUCUCUUUUCUGUUUGGAUUAAUCGGUUGGGCUAUUGGAAUGAGUGUGUUCGUUCGUGAUGGCCGGACAAUGGGAGCAGCUUCAGCAUUAGGCCUAAUCGGAUGGAUAUUCAGUUUAAUUGCAUUGACAUUUGAUCGAUUUUGUACAACAAUUUUAUUAAAUCCAGAAAUAAAACAACAUAUUUAUUCAUUAAAUUUAUCAAAUAAAGAUGCAUGUGGUCAAAUCGAACUAUUUCUUACAUUUUUUUCAUUGAAUGAAUUUUCUAAUCUUCGAUCAUUAUCAUUGAUUGAUCUUCAAGAAGAUGAUGGGAUAUUAUUGAAAUCAAUGUUACCAUUAAUACCUCAAUUACGUUAUUGUCAUUUGGUAAUCUUCGACGAUAAAAUAAAUGAUGUAACAUCUGCUCUACCAAUGUCUCAAUUACGAACUUUAUCAGUAUCAAAAUUAGAAUUUGAUUUAAUGUCUACCAACCAAAUUUCAUCAAUUACAAAGCUAACAGUUAACUAUUAUUACUGUAAUCAAUUAAACUAUCUGUUCAAAUAUAUGCCGAUGUUAAAAUAUCUCCAUAUUGUAAAACUCAAUUUGAACAAACCGAUGAACAAUAUUUCGUAUAUAACUAAUGAUAAUUGUGCUGUUUAUCUAAAAGAAUUAAUUAUAGAUGAUUUUCAACAUCAAUUUGUAUACUUUCAAAUGUUAGUAAAACAAACACCCAAUUUAAAAAGUUUAAUAAUAUCUGCCUCUAUUCAUAAAAGUAUGAUCGAUGCUAAUGCAUGGGAAAAUUUAAUUAAAUCUUCAUUACCCUACUUAAAUAAUUUUAUGUUCAAAUUCGAAAUUUAUCAUGGAGGGCAAGAACACAACGACAUUAUUAAUAUGUUUAAACAGUUUCAAAGUGAUUUUUGGCAAAUACAACAUCAUUGGGAUACUGUAUAUGUAUUAGACAUUAAUUUUGCACUUAUUUUUACAACACCUUAUUACUCAAAUAUAUAUGAAUUAAUAUGGUAUACGGAUAGUUAUUCAAAUAAACCGGUAAAUUAUUUUAAUGUACAUGAUAAAGUGACAAAUUGA